AUGGCUUUUCGUUUACCUGGUAUCAGAAAGGCUUCCCUUGCUGCAAUCCAGGGAAAUUCAAAAGCUGUGGAUGUUCCAAAGGGCUACCUUGCAGUCUAUGUUGGAGAUAAAAUGAAGCAGUUCAUGAUCCCUGUAACAUACUUGAACCAACCUUCAUUUCAAGAUUUGUUGAGUCAAGCUGAGGAAGAAUUCGGAAUAUGGGAAUCACAAACCGCUUCUGUUUCUCUCCAAUAUACACUGCGAGAUAGCCCUUUGGGACUUCCAAAGAUUUUGAAGCUGCUUGGCAAGCUGCAAAUGAUGCUCAUCGAAUAUCAGGAUGCAAAUGGCUUGGGUUGUUUGAGCCAACCUUUAUUUCAAGGUUUGUUGAGUCAAGCUGAAGAAGAAUUUAGGUAUGACCAUCCAAUGGGUGGUCUCACAAUUCCUUGUGGAGAAGCUGUGUUCAUUGAUACCAUUUCUCGCUUGAAUAGUUGCUAA